AUGCCACCCGAAGGAAGCACAAGGGCCGGGAUACUGCCAGGUUGCCCAAGCUUAGACAGGGGAAGUCGAGCGGCGGAGGUCGGAUUCGAACCACGGACCUUCCGGUCAGAGAAGACGCAGGUGUUUUUGGACGAACUGACCAAAGUUAUCUCGUCCUUUGCUAUGUACUUUGCACUCACAAAGUGCAAGGUCAUGCUCGUGAACAUACAGUCACUGAACACGCCACUUACAAUCCAGGGAGGGGCACUCGAAGUCAUGGGGCGUUUUACGUAUCCUGGAAUUUGUAUUAGUUCUGAUUUUAUUGUGACAGAUGAGGCCAAUGCACGAAUCUGCAAGGCUCGAGUGGCGUUUGCUAAUUUGAGACACCUAUGGCGUCAAAAUGAUAUAUUCCUGUGUCCCAAGGGAAGUGUGUAUCAGGCUACAGUGCACACUGUUUGUAUGGCUGAGACUUGGCCUAUUCGAGCAGCGGAACUGAGGCGUCUUCAGGUGGUCGACAAUCGUCGACUCAGAGUCAUAGCUCGUGUGGGUUCGUGUCGGCGAAUCCGUAACGAGACAAGUAGAAGGCGAGUUUUGGGUUGUGCAACGGGUACUUCCAUCGAAGAACGUGUCCAACACCAGAAAAUGCGUUGGUUGGAACCGGACUGUUCUCUGGUGCUUCGCCGGAAACAUCCAGCACCAUCAACUACGGUAGCUUGGCCAUGUGAUGUGCGUGCCGAAACAUCGUCUACCGAGAUGAGUGUUGGAUUCUGUACCUCCUUCAGAGUGGCGGAAACCACCAGCUGGACAACGAUGACGUCUCGUGAUGCCACUGCGCUUGACUGGAGACAUUGCAAAAACUGGCAGCUAAUCGAUGUCAGUGGCGUUCGUGCUGUCAGUUUCUUUCCGAAUUACCUGACUGAGUGUUUGGAGAUGUCUUUGACGCUCGAUGAAGAUGCGAAAUUCAUUCGUGAUCUAUGUUCAUUCGACUUUCGUUUGAAGACCUUUUCUUGUUGGCCUUUUGACAAUAAAUGUAACUGCACGGCUGAUCGGAUGGCUCAUAGUGGAUUUUUUCAUCCGAAAAAUGGUUCAGAAGACCUCGCUCAGUGCUUCGUUUGUUUCAAAGAGCUCGAUGGUUGGGAACCUGACGACGACCCUGAAAAAGAACACAAGUCACACUCACCAAACUGUCCGUUUCUGACAUCAAAACCCUACGAGGAGAUGACAGCUCGCGAGGGCCUUCAUAUGGAUAUCAUACGCUAUGCCAACUACUUGCAUUGGCAUAAGGAGAAAUCGGUAGAGACGACAGAGCUGAUGAUGAAAGAAAAACUGGCCGCCAUACGGACCGUGUUAGGCGGUCGGUUUACCAGAGCCAGACGAGUCGGACGAAAUGACCAGACUGUUCAAUCGAUUGCCGCUUCGGAAUUGUCCACCUGUUCUCUGCGAUCUGUCCGAAGUACCCGUUCGAAACGAGGAAAUCCCGGAUGACGCUCAUACUUGCACCUGUGUUUCUGUAUUGUCUUGUUUUAUCUUUGUCCGUUGUAAGAUAGGCUUUUAUGUCCCUGGGUUAUCUUUCUAUCAAAUUUCUGGUAUGGUGGAACUUUUUUCAGGUAAUCUAAGAGUGUGUCAUUCGAGCACUACACCGUACUUUGUGACGCCAGCUUUAGUUGAUGUGUGUCUAAACCCGAUCGGUCGUUUGUGUACGUCAAUCCCCUUGAAGAGGACUUCGCAUCGUGGACUUUGUCACUCCGAAAACGCUGUUUUAAUUUCCACUGACUGUUUUUUUUAUAUGGAGCGUAGCGGUUACAUCUGGAUGUUUCUGUUUAAGUCAG